CGCAUGAAUCACUGGAUCGAGCGGGCCCCCUGCAGCGCCCUAUCCCCCGCUGGGGUCGCUAUCGGCGCCGAACUGCUGCCAAAAACCGCCCUGGAAAAAAUAACCCCCCCACCAUAAAACCACUUUACACCAAGACGCGUCUCAGUCGCGUCUCGCUGUGACAAACGUGAACACCAGCCCAGCCGCCGGGUCACCCCACCGACGUUUGAUUUCAAGUCACCGAAUCAUCCCAUCAAUUCUACUCGUAGACAAGUUUUCCAAAAAGGAUCAUGUCGGACGCUGACGUUCAAGAGCUCAACGAGCGCUUCGCCUUUGGCGACAAGCAGAUCGAACCCGAUAUGCUCGCCGAGUUGCAGUCCAUCAUGAGGAUGCACUCCUUGUCAGUGCAGGACUUGUUCUUCAAAUGGGAGAGUUACUGCAUCAAGAUGGACAUGAACGAAAUGAAGCUGUCCGUCGACACACUCCGUAAUUUGAAGAGGGACAUCCAGGAUUCGCUGGAGCGCGAGGCCCGCAAUCAGCAGGCUCAUGUCGUCAAGACGGAGAAGAGAGCCGGCGCGACGCCAAGGAUCUCAGGAAAGGGACAUGUGGGCGGCGGCGAUGUUUUCGGCAUCCUGGAGGGCAUGACGACCCCCGGCGCAGCCAAGCUGAAUAGGGGUUCGGCACCAAGGAGGAAACCCGAGACCCCUUCAGUUUCACGAGCCAAGGGUAGCGUGCCGAACAGCUCGCCGGAUUCCAGAACUGCAAACGCGGUCGAAAGGCAUCUGAACGAACUUAACUCUCAAACGGCCGCUUCUUUCAACGACAGACAAAACCCAGGAGAAAUCGUGGAAGUUCUGAACGAUCAUCUCAAAGCAGCAGAACCACCGAUCGCACCGUACGGGGAGUCGCGAGUCAAACUCACUGCAGCGUCAGAUCUGAAGAAAUUGGCAUACAAGCCGUUGGCAAUGAAAGUAUCGGAAGCAUCAGAGAUUCUUGACGACAGGAUAGAUGAAUUUCUUGGCCUGGUAAGAGAUCAUUAUCAGCUCGACGACUCUGCUUUUGGUAGCGCAGCAAGCCAAAGUACCUCAGAGAUCUAUGCUGUUGGCAGAAUAGCGUCCGACUCAGCAGAAGGUAAACUCAACGCGGCAUCGUUAGUCUUAGAGACCUCGAGGAGGACAGGGAAUGGUGUGAGAGUGCCCCUGAACCUAAAGAAACUUCCCGGCUACCAAUUCUUUCCUGGUCAAAUCGUUGCUUUCAAGGGUAUCAACACAUCAGGCUCUGAGUUCAUCGUUCAUGAAGUGCUCAUUGCUCCUCUACUACCAAGUGCUGCAUCCACACCAGCCGCGAUCGACGCACACCGGGAGAAGUUACGGGGCGGUCCAGACGCCAUGGAUUCAGAUGAUGAGCCAGCGCCUCUGAACGUCAUUUUUGCUUCUGGCCCAUACACAGCCGACGACAACCUCGACUUCGAACCGCUGCACGCCUUAUGCAGUCAGGCUGCCGACACAUAUGCCGACGUCCUUAUCCUGUGCGGCCCGUUCAUCGAUGUGGAUCACCCCUUAAUCGCAUCCGGUGACUUUGAUCUGCCCGAAGACGCUCAGGUGGACCCUGAUGCCGCAAACAUGAACACAGUCUUCAAGUAUAUGAUCUCGACCGCUCUCAACCGGUUGACACAAUCCAAUCCUACAAUCACGAUUCUACUCGUGCCUUCCGUACGCGACAUCGUCGACAAGCACGUCGCGUGGCCACAAGAUCCUUUCCCGAGGAAAGACCUUGGCCUUCCCAAAACGGCUCGCAUUCUCGGAAACCCGAUGGCACUAUCUCUCAAUGAGACUGUCCUCGGUAUCUCUUCACAAGAUCCCCUUUGGGAACUGCGCCACGAAGAGCUCGUUGGCGGCCCGAGGCCUAGCGACCCACAGAUUCUGAGCCGGCUGCCACGGUAUCUGAUCGAGCAAAGGCAUUACUUCCCGUUGUACCCGCCUGUGGAUAGAGCGAAGUUACCUAAAACAGGAACGGCGGAUGGCAUAGCGACUGGUGCGAUGCUUGAUACAAGUUAUUUGAGACUGGGCGACAUGGUGAAUGUGCGCCCGGAUGUGCUGGUCGUGCCUAGUGCGCUGCCGCCCUUUGCCAAGGUCGUUGAAAGUGUCCUAGUCAUCAACCCAGGCUACCUCUCCAAGCGCAGAGGUGCGGGAACAUACGCGCGCAUGACAUUGUAUCCGCCCACGGUGAACGAGAAGGAGGCAAGCGAAGUCGGCGUGGUCAGUCACAAAGUAUUCGAACGUGCACGGAUUGAAAUUACGAGGAUUUAGUAGCGUGGACGGCGAGGCGACAUAGCAG